UCCACAUGUGGGGCUGUAGGUUAUUGACGAACAUCAGCUUCCACCAGCGCUGAUAGCCAAACGAGAGACUUUCGGAGAAUCAGUCUCUUGGCAACUUUCGAACGUGGUAGAGGAAAGUAAAAGUUUGUACGGUGGCGUACCAAUAGAAAAAAAAGAUUCAACCUCAAGUGCGUGAAAUAGAAAGGAAACAUACACUUAUCCAACGAGAUAACCCCCUGAGUGGAGCAACUACUGAUUAGGCACAAUGCCCUCGCCGUCCACUGUGAAAGAUUUACAACUGAUCGAAUUUAACGAUCAAUAUCCACUCGUCUUUUUUGUCAAUGGCAAAAAGGUCAUAGAUCACCACCCGGACCCGGAAUGUACCUUGCUGGUGUACCUGCGGGACAGGCUUCGCCUCUGCGGUACCAAGCUGGGAUGCGCCGAAGGUGGUUGUGGUGCAUGUACGGUGAUGAUUUCGAAGAUUGAUCGCACCAAUGAUCGGAUACACAAUCUGGCUGUGAACGCGUGCCUUGCGCCGGUAUGCGCUGUUCAUGGUAUGGCCGUCACAACGGUCGAGGGUAUCGGUAGCACCCGAACUCGGCUGCAUCCGGUCCAGGAGAGAAUUGCGAAAGCGCACGGUUCCCAGUGUGGAUUCUGUACGCCUGGGAUUGUAAUGUCGAUGUAUUCGCUGCUCCGAAGCUCACCGGUUCCCUCGAUGAAGGAAAUGGAAGUGGCAUUCCAGGGUAAUCUAUGCCGAUGCACCGGGUACAGGCCGAUCAUCGAGGGGUAUCGGACGUUUACGCAAGAGUUUGGUCAGAAUGGAAGCUGUGCUAUGGGUGAUAAAUGCUGUAAGAACUCAAAUGGUUCCACCAACGGUUGUAGGGUGGACAUCAACGAUAAAUUGUUUGAUGUAAGCGAGUUCACUCCGUUUGAUCCUUCUCAAGAACCGAUCUUCCCGCCAGAGUUGAAAUUAUCCGACGCCUUAGACAAAGAAUCGUUGGUUUUCCGAUCGUCCAGUACCAGUUGGUAUCGUCCAACCAAAUUGGAGCAUUUGUUAGCUCUGAAAAAGCGCUAUCCAGAGACUAAAAUAAUUGUAGGAAAUACCGAAGUGGGUGUUGAGGUGAAGUUCAAGCACUUUGAAUAUCCGGUUCUGGCGAACCCAUCACUGAUCGAUGAGUUGACGCGCGUUGAAAAGUUGGAUGGGGGUUUGAAGAUAGGGGCGUCUGUAACAUUGAUGGAGAUGGAACGUGUGAUGAAAGAGGAGAUCGAAAGCCUUCCUGAAUGCGAGACACGACUUUACCGAGCGAUAGUUGGGAUGCUGCAUUGGUUUGCUGGCAAACAAAUUAGGAACGUAGCUUCGGUUGGUGGAAAUUUAAUGACCGGAAGUCCAAUUUCUGAUUUAAAUCCGAUUUUCAAUGCCGCAGGAAUUGAAUUGGAGGUAGCUAGUUUGGAUGGCGGCGUGCGCAAAGUUCAUAUGGGGGACGGAUUUUUCACCGGAUACCGUAGAAAUGUUAUUCGUCCGGAUGAAGUGCUCGUUUCUCUGAUUUUACCUAAAACAAAUGAACACCGACACUUCAUAGCCCACAAACAGGCUAAACGUCGCGACGAUGAUAUAGCAAUCGUCAAUGGAGCGUUCAAUGUUUUGUUCAAGCCGAAUACCGACAUCAUUGAAGAAAUUCACCUCGCUUUUGGUGGUAUGGCUCCUACAACGGUGCUAGCGACCAAAACUGCAUCGGCUCUGAUUGGGAAGCGCUGGAAUCGUGAGCUCGUGGAGAUGGCAAACGAUAUGCUUGUGAAUGAGAUGCCUCUGAGCCCGAGUGCACCCGGUGGGAUGAUCCUUUAUCGUCGAUCGCUGACCUUGAGUAUUUUCUUCAAAGCAUACCUGGCUAUUAGCGAAGCUCUAUCCGUUACGAUUCCUAGUCAUAAAUCGGUGCAGGAGCGGGAGAAAAGUGGAGCCCAGACAUUCCACACAUUGGUGCCAAAGAGUACCCAACUAUUUGAAAAGGUUUCGACAGACCAACCCUUAACGGAUCCAAUUCACCGACCCAAGGUCCAUGCGUCAGCGUUCAAACAGGUCACUGGAGAGGCGGUCUAUUGUGAUGACAUUCCAAAAUACAGCAACGAGCUGUAUUUAGCAUUUAUCUUCAGCGCAAAGGCCCACGCCAAGGUGCUUUCUAUCAAUCCUUCAGAAGCUCUGGGCAUGGAAGGAGUUCAUCGGUUUUUCUCGGCAGCCGAUUUGACCGAUGAACAAAACCAGUGUGGACCUGUUUUUCACGAUGAAUACGUAUUUUGGAAAGACCAGGUGACCAGCCAAGGACAAAUUAUUGGAGCUGUGGUGGCGGAUAAUCAAACCAUUGCCCAAAAGGCGGCUCGUCGUGUUAAGGUUACGUACGAGGAGCUAUCACCAAUUAUCAUCACCAUUGAGGAUGCUAUCGAGAAGAAAUCAUUCUACCCUGGCUAUCCCAAAACAAUUGAACAAGGUGAUAUCGAAAAAGGCUUCCGCGAGGCGCAUACGAUCGUGGAGGGAGACUGUAGAAUUGGUGGGCAGGAGCAUUUCUAUCUUGAAACGCAAGCAUGCGUUGCCGUUCCGAAGGAUUCGGACGAGAUAGAAGUCUUCAGUUCAUCACAACAUCCUUCGGAAAUCCAGCACCAAGUCGCUCAUGCAUUAGGAAUUCACUCGAGUAGGGUAGUUUCCAAGGUGAAGAGACUAGGAGGAGGAUUUGGAGGGAAGGAGUCUCGGGCAGGCCUAGUUGCUGUGCCGGUUGCUCUUGCAGCUCAUACCCUUCGAAGACCUGUCCGUUGCAUGUUGGAUCGUGAUGAAGAUAUGGCUAUGAGUGGCACCCGACAUCCAUUCUACUUCACGUACAAGGUUGGAGUGAGCCAGGAUGGGCAGCUACUGGUCGGAGACUUCAAGGCAUAUAACAACGCGGGGUACUCGAUGGAUUUGUCUUUCUCGGUUCUUGAGCGUGCCAUGUUUCACAUUCAGAACUCAUACAAGUUCCCUAACCUGCGAGUACAAGGAUGGGUUUGCAAGACCAACCUUCCGUCCAAUACCGCCUUCCGUGGGUUCGGUGGACCACAGGGAAUGUUUGUUGCGGAGACGAUGAUGCAUCACGUGGCGAGAUCCCUUGAACGUGACUAUGAAGAAUUGGCGGAGCUGAAUAUGUACCAAGAGGGAGAUAAAACCCAUUAUAAUGAACCCAUCGAAAAUUGCAACGUUCGCAAAUGCUGGCAGGAAGUUGUUAAAUCAUCCAAAUUCCAGGAACGACGGGCAGAGAUCGAGCAAUUCAACAAGCAGCAUCGCUGGCGGAAACGUGGCAUCAGUGUAGUACCAACAACGUUCGGAAUUGCCUUUACCGCACUUCACUUGAAUCAGUCCGGAGCACUGAUCCACGUCUACCACGAUGGUGCAGUGUUGCUGUCGCAUGGUGGUACCGAAAUGGGCCAAGGAUUACACACCAAAAUGAUUCAAGUCGCUGCCACAACACUAAAGAUUCCGUUCGAGAAAAUCCACAUUUCAGAAACGUCAACCGAUAAAGUUCCAAACACCCCAGCUACGGCGGCUAGCGCGGGGUCGGAUCUGAACGGAAUGGCCGUACUGAACGCUUGCACGGUCAUCAACCAGCGAUUGGAGCCAUACAAAAAACAAUUUCCCGAUAAGGACUGGGACUUCUGGGUAAACAAGGCCUAUUUCGAUCGAGUCUCGCUAUCAACGACGGGAUUCUAUGCCACACCUAAUAUUGGGUACGAUUUCGCCACAAAUUCGGGAAAUCCUUUCAACUACUUCACAUUUGGUGCAGCAUGCUCUGAGGUAGAGAUCGACUGUCUCACUGGAGACCAUCAGGUGAUCCGUACCGAUAUUGUAAUGGACCUCGGAUCUAGUAUCAACCCAGCUAUCGACAUCGGUCAGAUUGAGGGUGGAUUCAUGCAGGGAUACGGUCUGUUUACGCUCGAGGAAAUGGUUUACUCAUCCACUGGGACCGUGUUUUCGCGGGGACCGGGAGUUUACAAGAUUCCCGGAUUCGCUGACAUCCCUGGCGAGUUUAACGUUUCUCUCUUGACCGGAGCGCCCAACCCACGGGCGGUGUAUUCUUCGAAGGCCGUAGGUGAACCACCGCUGUUCCUAGCCUCCUCGGCGUUUUUCGCUAUACGUCGCGCUAUCUCGGCUGCUCGAGAGGAAGAAAAUUUGCCCGAUGACUUCGAUCUGGUUUCCCCGGCAACUGCCUCCCGCAUUCGAUUGGCUUGUCAGGACAAGAUCACCCAGAAGUUCUCAGAAGCCGAACCAGGAUCAUAUACUCCGUGGAAUGUAAUGCCCUAAUGGUAACCUGUAACAAAAUCACUUGCCGCAUUUGAUUAUUGUUAAUUUUUUAUAUUUUCUUCGCUUGUGGCAGCUUGAUUACCCAACCAUAAUAUAUUACAAAUAUAGCUUUAAAAUUUU